CUCAAUAACCAUGGUUGCCAAGAUCGCUUUCGCCGUCCUCGCCCUGGCCGCCGUUGCGUGCGCCGAGCCCGGAGUGCCCCUCGUGGCCGCCGUUCCCGCCUACGUGAAGGCCGUGGACUACCACGCCCGCCCUCACUACUCCUUCAACUACGGAGUGAACGACCCCCACACCGGCGACCACAAGAGCCAGUCUGAGACCCGCGACGGCGACUACGUCAAGGGCCAGUACUCUCUGCUCGAGGCCGACGGCACCACCCGCACCGUCGACUACACCGCCGACCCCAUCAACGGCUUCAACGCCCACGUCACCAGGUCCGGACACGCCGUGCACGCCACCCCCGUCAAGGCCUACGCCUACGCCGCUCCCGCCGUCGUCAAGACCGUCGCCCCCGUCGUCGCCUACAAGGCCCCCGUCUACGCCCACGCCACCUCCUACGCUGCCGCCCACGUCGCCCCCAUCCGCGCCUACGCCCACGCUGCCCCCGUUGUCCACGCCGCCCCCGCCCUGGCCUACGCCCACGCUGCCCCCCUCGCCCACGCCGCUCCCCUUGCUCACGGCUACCACUACUAAUCCUGCUCUUUCAUUCAUCCUUUAGUGAAUGUCUGAAAGCACGAUCACCUUGAUCUCCUGCGAUGCUCAAUUUCGGGCAGGAUUUCAUCCCUCUCAUUGUCAUUUUGUAUGUAACUACCUCUUGUUACUGUGUAAUGAGAAUCGAAUAAAAGCUGAAAUUAUAUUCAACCCGAAA